CCUAUUACGUCGUGGGCGUAGCGGCUCCUUGUAAUGGCGACCGUGCCGUAGAUGUGCCCAGGUUUGUGAAAAUGAAGCGAAGAAGAAGUUAUUUCUUUUAAGUAAAACGCCGAGGUUCCCCGGAGGAGGACUUUGCGUCUACAACCAUCAUCUUUAUAAGUGGUAAACUUAGCUGUACUUUUGAACUUUUGUGCUCUUUGAGAUGAUGAAGCUCAAGUCAAACCAAACCCGGACGUACGACGAGGAUGGCUACAAGAAGCGGGCCGCCUGCCUGUGUUUCAGGAGCGAGACUGAGGAGGAGGUGCUGUUGGUGAGCAGUAGUCGACAUCCCGAUAAGUGGAUAGUUCCUGGAGGGGGAAUGGAGCCCGAGGAGGAGCCCAACGUUGCUGCAGCUCGAGAAGUGUGUGAAGAGGCUGGUGUGAAGGGCACUUUAGGUCGCUUAGUUGGAAUUUUUGAGAACCAGGAGAGGAAACACAGAACCUACGUCUAUGUCCUUAUCGUAACAGAGUCGCUGGAGGACUGGGAGGACUCGGUCAACAUUGGGAGGCAAAGGGAAUGGUUCAAAAUAGACGAUGCCAUAAGAGUGUUGCAGUGUCACAAGCCCGUGCAGGCCACCUACUUCGAGGCUCUCCGGGAGAGUUGCCCGACCAGCAACGGAACGCCUCUGGUGGCCACGAUAAGCGAGGACCGGUCCCCGACCUACAGCAUCAAUCAGAGCUCCGUCUCGGGUAUCAGAUAACUAAAAUCCUAACUCUGACACCUCCGGGGAGCUUUCUUCACCACUUGCGCUCUUACUCGUGUCUUUUCUCUCUUUUUCUUUUUUUCUCUCUCUCUCUCUCUCUUUUGCUCUCCCCCCCUCUGUUCUUUUCCUCUUCUCUUCUGUCUCAAUAACAUGGUUUGCCUUGCCAACUGCUUUGUGCCAGAACUGUGGCACAGACUUGAUGACAAGUGUUGGGUGAAUAGUCUGAAACACUUUGUAAAUGUAAAUGUAAUUUUUGACCCCUUUUAUUUUUUUUGUUUUCUUUUUACUGACAACUGCAUGAAAUGUCCCGUCUCUCCCCCCCCCCCCCCUCACUCACUCUCUCCCCUUAACGCGCCCUUAGCGUGGUGUUUAUUGAAUGCAAGAACUACUUUUUACUGUUGUAAUGUAAAAGUGUAUACUUAGUGCUUAAGCGGAAGGCUUUCUGGUGGUCUUUUUUAAAGUCUCCAUUUAUUUCUUUCAGAUAUAUUUUUUUGUGGUGAAUGAAUGUGCCCAUUUGUGUACUCCCCCCCCCCCCCCCAUUUUAAUAAGGAUAGCAAAUGUUGUCUGUAUCGGAAUGAACAGAAUUGUGGGAAGUGACUUGUCUUGCAUGAGCACCGUCAUGUUGUGUCUCACUCGCUCGGGUGACCUGACUGUGCAAACAGACUUGUUUGUGGUGAGGUCUCUUUGGAUUCUCUUCAUUUUGUUCCUUAUCGUUGUUGUUGACCUCUCUCUGAUCAGA